CGGGAGCGGCGCGCGGGCGGCAGCGAUGGCGGGCGAGGCGCUGUCGCGGGUGCCGGACGUGCAGAUCGAUGGCAGCGGUGUCUUCAAGUACGUGCUGGUGCGGGUGCGCGGGGCCGGCGCGCCCGCCAAGGACGUCGUGCGAGGUCACGGCUGGGCCGAGUACCACGCCGACUUGUUCGAGCGCACCGCGGAGGAGCUGGCGCGGCACGGCCUGAGCUGCGAGUGCCUGGGCGGCGGCCGCCUCUCCCACCGCCCCGAGGAGAGGAAGAUCCACGUCUACGGGUACUCGGUGGGCUUUGGACGAGCUGACCACGCUGUGACCACAGAGAAGCUGAAGGCCGAGUAUCCCGACUAUGAGAUCACCUGGGCGGAUGAAGGAUACUGACUCCUCUGGCUCUGCUGCCAGCCCAGCGCUGGCACAGCUGUACGCAGCACCAGGGCGGUGGCAGCAGGCCCCGCGUGCUCGGCGCUGCUCCAGGCUCUCCUGACUUUCCUCCGUGUUUCACCGACCGUUCUCCACCAUCACCAGACUGUUCCCGUGUGGGGUGCUCCCAACUCCCUGGCAUGGCAGAGCUGGCGAAGCCAGUGGUUGCUCUGCCUCGGCCUCCUGGUGCCACAUGUAUCUGUGAGAAUUAAAGUCAU